AUGAAGCGUAGAGAUUUUAUAUUGUCUAUGUUUAUCUUCGGUGGUGCAGCUUUAGGUUAUUUCCAUAUUUUUGAUAAGUUUUUUCAGAAAAAUAAAGAGGAACAAGAGUUAUUACAUCAAGACUGGCUUAGAGAAAAGUUUCAAAGCGUUUCAUGUUCAGAUCAAAAAUAUUUAUGUAGUGAUACAUUGCAAUGUGUUAAUCAUCCAGCAAAUUGUCCAUGUCCAUUUCCUACGUCACAAACACGUUGUUCUCUUGGAAACGGAGGGUAUAUAUGUGUAUCAUUGUCAGAAGAGCAUGAUCCGUGCCAAAUUGUUGAACAAUACCGAUCAGGACAUGUUAUUUAAUAAAUCAAUGAAUCAAUAUAACUUAGAAUUUUUA